CCCUAUACCCCGCAGCGUUCGAUCUCAGGACCCGGACACCCUGGGCCACGGUGCCCUUGGCUCGGCGCGCGGCGCUGUAGCAGCGCCCGCCUCUUGCUUCCCGCCUCCUGCCUCGGUGGCCGCGCAGGGUGGGAGUCGAGAGCAUCCUCAAGCGCCCAAGCCAUGGUGGCUAAACAGCGGAUCCGGAUGGCUAACGAGAAGCACAGCAAAAACAUCACCCAGAGGGGAAACGUAGCCAAAACCCUGGUUGACUACAUAAAUACUGGCUUUUCCUGGAGACUGCCAGAGAAAGUCACCCCAAAGACCAUCAUGAGGUGCAUGAGAACCGGACAGCCCCAGAGGACCAAGACGGACGGUCUGGAGGAGACAUCUCAGCAGCCAUCGACUCUCGCAAGCUAUCUUCCAGAUCAUACAGAGCAUAAGGAUGGGCAUGUGAGAGGGCCAGGAAGUUGUACGCUGAUGCCCUCCUGCUGGCAGGUGAAGGACCACUGAGACCGUCAGCUGGUCUUUAGGAAGCAAACAAGCCAUGGGAGAUAGAAAGGAGGUCCCCCGUUCCCUCCCACUCCAUGGUGGAGGUCAGACCAAAUUGCCUUCUCACAAGACAUCUCCGUGCAUCCGUGUCCUCCAGCGGAAAGGACUCUGCUCUACUGUUGGCUGAUCGGAAGUCACGUGGGGGGCCCCCAGCGGCGGCGGCGCUGGCUGGCUGGCUGGUUGGUUCCCUGGGUUUCACUGUGGUGUGCAUGUGGCCCUCUGAGCGACCACCCCUUUACAUCCUGCCAAUCAAUCUCUUCUGUGUCAGGAAUUGGUUUUACAAAUAAAUGUCUUCA